AUGGAAUAUAUCCGCGAGACUAUUAACUGGAAUGGCCACAAGGCAAUGAAGCCGUUAUCCGUUAUUAUCGUUGGUGCUGGGAUAGGUGGUUUAGCCCUGGGAAUAGGACUUCAAAAAACUGGGCACAAGGUGAGAAUACUUGAGCAGGUCAAAGAGAUUGCAGAGGUGGGAGCCGGUAUUCAGGUAGCACCUAAUGCGGCGCGCAUCCUGUACAGAUUUGGUGUGUUGGAGGAGGUCAUGAAAUACGCCAACGUGCUGGAAAGAAACUCGCUCAGACGAUAUGCAAACGAUGAGGAACUAGGAACGGCACAGCUAAUGCCCGAUGCUGGCGAUAAAUACGGCGCUCCGUUAAGUGUCAUUCAUCGAGGCGAUCUGCAGCGAAUCUUGCUACAAGCUGCGACAGCCUGUGGCUGCAACAUCUUAACUUCCCACAAGGUCGUCAAAGUGGACGAUGGCUUUGAGCCCCGCGUACAAGUACAAGGUGGUCACUGGUUCUCGGGGGAUGUGGUGUUUGCAGCAGACGGAAUCAAGUCGUCUAUUCGAGCACAGAUUGCUGCUAGUCAUGGACACCAGGACCGCUCUUCUCCGACUGGGGAUGCAGCAUAUAGAGUCUUGAUUCCUAAAAAAGAGAUGGAGCAUGACAAGGACGCAAUGGCUCUGCUCCAGGAGAAUGUCGGCAUGCGAUACAUGGGUCCAGGUGGACAUAUUAUGGCGUAUCCCAUUAAGAACAAUACUGUGUACAACAUGGUGCUCCUUCACCCAGCCAAGGAAAAUCAGAUGAGCGAAACUGGAAAAGAGACAUCUUGGACCACAAAGGGAAGCAAGGUCGAAAUGAUGGACUUUUACCGGAAUUGGUCGCCUCUGAUUCAAAACCUUUUGAAUUAUGUGCCCGAAGGAGAAGUUCUCGAAUGGACGCUCAAUUCCCACGUCCCAUUGCCCCGAUGGGUUGAGAACAAAGUCGGCCUCGUAGGGGAUGCAUGCCACCCUAUGCUACCGUACGUGGCUCAGGGCGCAGCGAACGCCAUUGAGGAUGCUGGCGCCAUCACGGCCGCCUUGACCUGCACCUGCGAUGUCAGGCUGGCCUUGGUCGCCUACGAGAUUGUGCGCAAGGAACGCGGCGAGCGAAUCCAAGCCAGUGCUUCUACGGUCCGUGAAACCCUGCAUCUACCGGACGGGCCUGAACAGGAGCAGCGAGACAAGUCUAUCCGGGCCGCCAGUCACGGCGAGGGAAAUCACCCCGAUCUGUGGGCUGACACUCAUUGGCAAGAUUACAUGUGGGGGGUGGACAUUAUGAAGGAUGUAAUUGGGUCAUGGACCGAGUUAUCUAGACAGGCUGGGGCGUAG